AUGUUCCGUUACGUACUUAUUGCAUCCGCUGUUUUGGCCUGCGCCAUCGCUGCCAAUCCCAAUGACUACAAUGCCUACGCCACCAAGGCCGCCUCUGAUAUCCGUCCCGAUGGUGGAUUUGAAUACGUCUAUGAGACCAGCAAUGGUAUUGCCGCCCAGGAAUCGGGUGUUGGCGGAAAUCAUGCCACUGGCAGUUACUCCUACUACUCACCGGAAGGUCAACUCGUCCAAGUAUCCUAUUUGGCCGAUGAGAAUGGAUUCCAGCCGCAGAGCCCAUGGCUGCCAACCCCACCACCAAUCCCUGCUGCAAUCCAGAAGAGCCUGCAAUACAUUGCCACUCAUCCUCAAUACCAAGAGAAGUCCCAGAGCUCAGGACGUGUUUCGGGAGGUCGUUUCGGUUUCCUUAAGUCAAUUGCCGGUUAA